AUGUUACAGAUAUGGCGUGUAGAUCUGCAUCGGAAACCUCCAUAAGUAAUGAUCAUGGUUUGCUAGCAAAACCACUUCAUGUCCAAAGGCUAGAACAUGCAGUUCGUCUUGAUUCAUUUUUAGAUUAUAUAAGGAAUUAUUUUAUUUCUCCUCUGAGUGAUGUGGAUGAAACAACUGAAACAGAAGCAGAAAGUCAAUCAGAAAUAGAUGGAGAUGUAUUAGAUGGAAAAUUGUCAAAUGAUGUUCUUAUUUCAUGGCAAGAGAGGCGAGCAGAUCAAAUAAGAUUAUAUAAUUUCUCAAAACUGAAAAAGGGCAGAAAAUGGCUUAAAGUAAGAUUUUACAGUUUUGAUUGUUGUCAUAUAUAUAGUUUUAUCUUUAGAUGUCUUUAA